UGUGCUGUGUCACACAAAUCCAUGUUGUUACUCUGUGCGGCUGACCGGUCUGGAGACAUUCACCAUUGCACCUAUUCAGAAAAGACUUUUUGGCCAGAGAUGGCUUCUGUCAAUCCAAGUCUGCUGCUACUGGCUCUUCUGGUCUGUGGUCUUCACUGCAUACACAGUGGUCAGGUGCUGGUCAUCCCAGGAGAGUACAGCCACUGGCAGAACAUGCGGGUCAUCGUGGAGGAGCUCGUGGAGCGCAACCACAGUGUGACCGUUUUGGUUAACACCGCCUCCCCGACAGUGAAUCUCACACGCCAGGAGCGCUUCCGCUUUCACCUUUUCAAUGUCCCCCUGCAGAAGGAAAACAUGACCGCGCUCUGGGACGACUUUGUGGACCUCUGGAAAUACCAGAUGAAUGGGACAGGCUGGCAGGUGCUUUCCAAGACGUCGGACUUGAUGGCGUCCUUCAAUUCGUAUAUCUCCGUUAUCUGCAAAGCCCUGGUAGGAAACAAGACUCUCGUGGAGGACCUGAGACGGUCCAGGUACGAGGUGAUCCUAACUGACCCCUUCACCCCCUGUGGGGACCUCAUGGCCGACGCACUGGACGUGCCGUUCAUAAUAACAAUGAGAAUUACGUUCGGCUUCAUCUAUGAGAGAAUGUGUGGGCAGAUGCCCACCCUGCCAUCUUUUGUACCCUGCACCCCCAUCUUGGCCACAGAUCAGAUGAAUUUCAGGGAGAGGCUGGUUAAUUUCGGGAGCUACUUUAUGCAUUCUGCCAUGUUUUUUCUUCAUACAUCAAAGUACCUAAGCAGUGUCUACAGUGAGAUCAAAGGGAAACCAACAAGCGUGUGUGAGAUGGUGGGUAAAGCUGACCUAUGGUUCAUCCGCUCCCACUGGGUCUGGGAGUACCCAAGACCCUUCCCUCCAAACUUCAUCUUUAUUGGAGGUCAUCACUGCAAACCUGCUAAACCACUUCCUCUUGACUUGGAGGAGUUUGUGCAGAGCUCGGGUGAUGAUGGCAUUGUCGUGUUCACAUUUGGAUCAAUGUUCAAGAACCUCACAGAGGAGAGGAGAAACAUGUUUGUGUCGGCUCUUGGACAGAUCCCUCAGAAGGUGGUUUGGGGGUUUGGUGGCGAGAGACCUCGGACUCUUCCUGCCAACAUUAGAAUCUACAACUGGAUCCCUCAGAAGGAUUUGCUAGGACAUCCAAAAACCAAAGCCUUCAUAUCCCACGGAGGUUCCAAUGGACUAUAUGAAGCCAUCUACCAUGGGGUCCCACUUCUGGGUGUCCCUCUGUUUGCUGACCAACCCGACAACAUCUUCAUCCUGGAAAAGAAAGGCGCUGCCAUCAUGCUAGAUUUCUACAACAUGAACUCAGACGACCUGGUGAAGGGCCUGCGUGCUGUGAUAAACGACCCAUCGUACAAGGAGAACAUGAUGAGGCUGUCACGCCUUCAUCAUGAUCAACCAAUGAAACCUCUGGACCGGGCAGUAUUCUGGACCGAGUUUGUGAUGCGCAACAAAGGAGCCAAGCACCUGCGAGUGCAGGCCCACAACCUCAGCUGGGUCCAGUACUACUGCCUGGACGUGGUGCUCUUCCUGUUCUCUGUGGCAGGGCUGUUUGGCUGGCUGACCUUUAAGUCAUGCAGACUGUGUAUCCGUGCGUGCUGCCAGAAAAGUCACAGGAAGAGGAAAGCUGAGUGACAGUACCCGCUAGGGCUUCCCAGAGUAUUCAACAGAAAUCACAAGGAAAACAGGUAGUGGCUCAGUAUUGCACGCGUCUUUGUAUACAUGAGUAGAUGAAGUUUACAGAUUUUUUGACCUCAGUGCUAAAUACUGUUGUAUUACAGACCAACAAUUGUAUAGUAUUACAUGUGGAGUGGCAGCAUCCUAAUACAUUAUAAUUACCACAAAAUGGUUAAGGUAGAAGUUAAGCACAUCAGUGGAUUAUGUGAUGUUAAGCCUUAUGAGGGCACAAUCAAAUUCUGUACUACAUGCAUGUAGAUAGGUACAGACCAGCUGCUGAAACGCAUCAGAAGAAUGCAUGACAAAUGACAAAAGACCAUGAUGCUGAAGGACGAAAUGUUUGUUUUGUAGUCUUGUUUUUGUUUGUUGUUGAUAAACAGUUGCAAGUUGGAUUUAUCAACAGAUUCUAAAGGAAAAGGCAAUAAACCUGAGAUACGAAAACAACAAAUGAAA